AUGGAAACCACCCAAAGCGAGGGUUUGAUGAAAAGUGCAGAAAACACUUUGCUGCAGGCGCUGCGGCUGCCCACGGCGCAUCUCCACCAGCAGCAGCAGCAGCAGCAGCAGACCGACUCCCAGCAGCAGCAGCAGCAGCAGCAGCAGCAGCAGCAGCAGCAGGGAGUGGCUCGCUGCGAGUCUGCUGAGGGGCCCCAAAAAGGGACCAAGGGGGCCCAACUUGCUUCUCCCCCUGCUUCAGGAGGAGACUCUCCCUCCCCAUCAUCGGGAGCAGCAGCAGCAGCAGCAGCAGCAGCAGCAGCAGCAGCAGCAGCUCCUGCAGCAACGGCUGCAGGAGGGGGCGGGACGCAUGAGGGCCGGCAGUCUGCGGAGAAUUUGCUGCUGCUGCAGCAGCAGCAGCAGCAGCAGCUGAAGCCUCUCAAAAGCUGCGAGCUUUUGCCCUGCAACGACGGGCAGCUGCAGCAAGACAGCAGCAGCAGAAGAAGCCCCAAGGGGCCCCCCUUGGGGGCCCCCAUCGAGCAGCAGCAAACUGUGAGGCCCAGCAGCAGCCCAGACGAUGUUGCCCUGAAAGGCGGCGCCCGUAAACACAUUAGGAAGCAGCAGCAGCAGCAGCAGCAGCAGCAGCAGCAGCAGCAGCAGCAGCAGCAAGGCGCGGCUACGCAGGAGACAGAAGUCAAGCGCCUGUUUCAAGGGUCCCCAGAGACAGCAAGCGCUGUUGGAGAUCCAGCAGCAGCAGCAGCAGCAGAUGCUGCAGCAGAUGCAGCAGCAGACGCUGCAGGGGCAGCAGAUGCUGCAGCAGCAGCAGCAAGCAAUGCAGCAAAUGCAGCAACGGGGGCUGACGGGAACCCCGUUUUCCGGGCAGCUUCUUUUGAAGCGCCGCCCACGCAGCAGCAGCGGCGCCAGCAGCAGCAGCAGCAGCAGCAGCAGCAGCAGCAACAGCAGCAGCAGCAGCAAGCUGCGGGUGUUCGUUGUUUGGUGCUGCCGGGAGGCGACUCUGUGCCGCAGCAGGCGACGAAGCUCCGCAGCAGCAGCAGCAGCAGCAGCAGCUGCAGCAACGCGUGCUGUUGGGCCCCCACGCGGAUUCGCUUUGGCCCCUCAGGCCCCGGGGGGCCCCCGGGGCUCAAGUGGAGAGAUACCCGAUUUCAAAAAGGGGGAAGAAGCAGCGAAGAAGACAGCGAGUUUGGAAGAGCAGUUUAUUACCCUUAUGGACAGAGUGUGGCUCUUUCAAGGACUUUCACGCAAACGAGCACGCCGUACCUGGGGGCCCCCGCGCUGGACGGGGGUUUUGGCUUGAAGGCAAUGAGCGAAAGCCGCAACGAAAUUUAUUUUUUUGGAUUAAUUGACUUUUUGAGUCCUUACAGUCCGCGGCGUUACUUCCACACCUUUUACAAACGACUCAAGUCCACUGCGGUGCGAGUUUGGGGAGAUUUCCCCAGUGCCCCCGCGUUCUUACGCGCGGCGGCAAAUAGAGUUUGUGCGGCAGCAAGUAAUAGAGUCUUCGGGGGCCCCCUCUUCUUUCAAAGAGCAGCAAAAAGGGGACAAAGAAUAGGGGCACCAGCAGCAGCAGCAGCAGCAGCAGCAGCAGCAGCAGCAGCAGCAGCAGCAGCAGCAGCAGCAGCAGCAGCAGAAUCAGCAGCAGCAGCAGCAGCAGCAGCAGCAGCAGCAGCAGCAGCAGCAGCAGCAGCAGCAGCAGCAGCAGCAAGGAAGCAGCUUGAAGCACGAACGCGCAGCGAGGGCGCCGGGGGGCCGCCAGACAGCAAAGGGGGCCCCUAG